GUCACCAAGCCAUGUGCAGUAUCACAGCCCCCACCAGCCCUGGGGGGUGGUUUGGGGCUGAGCCCCCUCCCUGCAGCAGGGCCUGUGGCAGGAGGGUGGCCCCGGUGGUGGUGGCGGGCCCAGGGGCAUGUUGUGGGCGUCCAGCCUGGCAGCAGAAGGGGGUUUGUCACUGGUGACGUCGCAAAACACCAUGUCUUUUUUUUUUUCCCCUCCCAUUUCAAAAACAAACAAGCAACAAAAACAACAAAAAAAAGGAAUUUCUUAACUUGUGGUCAACUCAGAAAGGAGAAGCUCCUGCUGAGGGAGAACUGGGGACGGCGCCCGCGAGGAGAGGCGCCUGCUGCUCCAGCGGAUCACUCAGCCGCGUCCCCACUCCCUGUGGGGAUACUGUGGUCCCCGGGGACAUGGGCCAUGGUCUCCUGCUGCUGCUGACCGCAGCCAGCAUCUGGCACGGCUCAGCAUCCCCAGUGAUUGACCCUAACCUCUCUGCUUUGGUUGUCAACACGGGUGACCCAGUCACCCUGCGCUGCUCGGGAGAGUCACGAGUUAAAUGGAACACCCAAAAGCAUACGUCCACCAACCACACCAGCAGCACGCUCAGUAUUCUGAAGGCCACGUACAUGGAUACAGGCACCUAUAAGUGUACUUACCUCAACAGCAGCGACGAGGACGUUGCAUCCGUGCAUCUGUUUGUGCGAGAUCCUGAUAAUGUGUGGUACACCCCAGUUUUCCGGAUCUCUGUGACCAAAGGUGGCAAUGCUGAGUUCCCCUGCCUCGUCACGGCCCCUGAGUACGGAUCCAGAGUGACACUGAUAAUGGAUGAUGCCUCUCCUCUCUCACCCGGAACCAACUAUUCUUUCAGUACUGAGAAGGGAAUAACACUAUACAAUGUGCAACGCCAUCAGAAGGGCUAUUACCGAUGCCAAACAGUGAUAAACGGAAAAAUAAAGAAGUCAUCAAGAAUAAGACUGAUUGUGGAAGAAGCACUGGAGAAGCCUGUAUCAGUGACGAUGGACCCAAUAGACCAUGUGCGAAUUGUGGGUGAACCUUUUGAAGUCACUUGCAGAGUAAUUUCUCCAUCCCACAAGUAUGACAUCAAAUGGGUGACAGCAGCAAAGAAUGUCAGGAGUACGAAAAUCCCUACCUUUGUAGAUGAGAACUACUUCAUCAAUGCCGUCCUGUCCAUUCCAGCGGUGACCUUGGAAGACAGUGGGAAAUACACUUGCAUAGCUAACAACUCAGCAGGAUUCAAGAAUGCCUCGACAAUGCUUCGCGUAGUAGAGAGAGGUUAUAUACUCCUGACCCCAGUGCAAGCCACCAGCCAAGAAAUUGCUUUGGGAGAAGAUUUGAAACUCCAGGUCCAGAUUGAGGCUUAUCCAAAACUUGUCAGCUGGCACUGGGAGCACAAAAGCCCCUUCAAGAACUCAGAGAGUACCAAAUUUGUGGACGAAAUGAUCUCUGGAAACAACUGGUAUAACAACACGCUCUUCCUGAACCGCCUGCAGGAAGGAGAGAGAGGUCUCUAUACAUUUUAUGCUGUCAACAAUGAGACCAAAGCAUCAGUUAACUUCAGUAUCUCUGUGAAAUCUCCUCCAAGGGUCUGCUAUGUCUGGGUGCCAGCCAAUGACUCCGGGAACCUUCACUGCAUAGCCGUUGGCUAUCCUGCCCCACGCAUCGAGUGGUACCAGUGCCCCACUUACUCUGACAGAUACAACGAGGAUUAUAAGCUGCUUCUGAACGACUCCAGUCCCCAGGUGGUGAACAUGCUGUCCUUCCAGGAGGUGGAGGUGGAGAGCGUCCUCCCAUUCCAGGACCUGGGUGCCAAUUUCACCUUCUGCUGUGUGGCUGUUAACAGAGAGGGGAACACCUCUGACGUGCUUCACUCAGUCGUCAGAAAUGUCAUGGCCCCUCCAAACAAGCUCUUCAGUCCCAUUCUCUCCACCUGUGUCAGCACAUCGGUCCUGCUGCUCCUGCUACUCCUCUUCCUCCUCUACAAGUACAACCAGAAACCUAAAUACCAGGUGCGGUGGAAGAUCAUUGAGGCCUGUGAAGGGAAUAACUACAUCUUUAUUGAUCCCACUCAGCUGCCAUACAAUGAGAAAUGGGAGUUUCCCAGGAAUAACCUCCAGUUUGGGAAAACUCUUGGAGCUGGAGCCUUUGGAAAAGUGGUAGAAGCCACUGCUUUUGGGCUGGGCAAAGAAGAUUCGGUCCUCAAAGUGGCUGUGAAGAUGCUAAAGUCAUCGGCGGACACAGAUGAGCAGGAGGCGCUCAUGUCUGAGCUGAAGAUCAUGAGUCACUUGGGGCACCAUGAGAACAUCGUUAACCUGCUGGGAGCAUGUACCUAUGGAGGCCCAAUUCUUGUCAUCACUGAGUACUGUCGCUACGGAGACCUGCUGAAUUUUCUGCGGAGGAAAGCUGAAUCCAUAAUUAUCCAGGACUCAUCCCUGGACACCUCUUUGGACAGCACUGCUGAUUACAAAAACAUUGACCUCGAGAAGAAAUACAUCCGCAGUGACAGUGGCUUUGCGAGCCAGGGUUUGGAAACCUAUGUUGAAAUGAGGCCUGUAUCAUCAUCAUCUUCAGCAUCAUCAGAUUCUGCGCAAGCCAGGGGGAAAAGCUCAGAGGAAGAAGUUGAAACCAGAGAGGACCUCCGGCCCCUCAAUCUCUCCGACCUGCUCCAGUUCUCCAGCCAGGUGGCCCAGGGCAUGGCGUUCCUCGCAUCAAAGAACUGCAUCCACCGUGACUUGGCAGCCAGGAACGUGCUCGUAUCAGAUGGACGAGUAGCCAAGAUUUGUGACUUUGGCCUGGCCCGCGACAUCAUGAAUGACUCAAACUACGUCGUCAAAGGCAAUGCCCGGCUGCCCGUGAAGUGGAUGGCCCCAGAGAGCAUCUUUGACUGCAUUUACACAGUGCAGAGUGAUGUGUGGUCUUACGGCAUCCUUCUCUGGGAGAUCUUCUCACUUGGUAAAAGUCCAUAUCCUGGCAUGGUGGUGAACAGCAAGUUCUACAGCAUGGUGAAGCAGGGAUACCAGAUGGCAAGGCCCGACUUCGCUCCCUUGGAAAUGUACACCAUCAUGCAAGCAUGCUGGAGCCUGGAGCCCACACAAAGACCUACCUUUGACCAAAUCUGCUGCUUUAUUCAGAAAGAACUGGAACUGCAUAAGGAACAGGACCAAACCAACCUCCCAUCCACUGCUGAGGAAGACAGUGGCUGCGACACCUCCGGCUGCUGCGAGGAGUCCUGUGAACAAGAGCAGAGUGGCCAGCCUCUCCUUAAGAGUAACAACUAUCAGUUCUGUUAGCUGGUACCACUGCCCAGGGUGGGUCCCUGCUCUCCCCAUUCUGCAGAGUGCAUGAUUCCGCACAGGUGCCUUCUGCUUUGGCUCUCCUCUCUGUGCUUUCUGAAGUAUGAGUGUUACUGACUCCCUCGCUGAAAGAACAGUGCUGGGAUGAUUCAAAACUAAGACUUACCGUGGGGUCUCGAAAGUCCUAUCUGAAGCAUAGCAUAGAGAUGAAGCAUUCUUACCCUAAUAACUCUACAAGGUACAGAGGUCCCUGUCACCUGCCCCACCACCACCCCUGAAGGGGAUUAGGGGGUGGUUUUGUUUUUUAAGUACUAGUUGCAGCUUACAAAGACAUUUCCAAAAGCCGCUCACGUGACUGCACCUUGUGUCUUAUGAGGACAUCUUGAAGUAAAUCCUGAGGUGGGAACUGCCUCACACCAGAGGCAGCCCUCUUUCAGAGUGGUCCUGCUCUCUUCCCUUUGUCUGACCCUGGAUGUUGCAGAGCAAGCAUUUAGAUACAGGUAAAGCCUCUACUAAGCAUUAAAUAUGUAUUAACCUCUUGCUUUCCUCAUACAAUCUACCUCUCUGCAGCUGAUGCUUCUGCAGAGAUUAUUUGGGUGAAGUGCAACAAGGAGACAAGCCCAGGGCUCUGUGAACUUUACCUGCCCCAGUAACAGGAGAGAGGGGCAGCUGUUUCUCAGGUAAAAUACAGGAGCAACAGGUGCUCUUCCACAGGAGCACUGAACACAAUCCCAAUCCAGGAAAGAAUGGCAGCUUAAACAGAUCUGGAAAUGAUCAUCAUAUCCUACAAAACCUUUGAAUUAUUAAACAUGUAGCAAUUCACUGCCUUUGUCAUGAUUACAGAUAUGCUCUGAUAUAUAUUUUCUUGAGUGUAUUUUAAUAGUACAGCUGAAGUAAUUUUUUUUUCAUAAGCUAGGGCCUAAUGCCCUUAAACUUGUUUCUCAUCUCACCCUUGUUUGGGGUUACUAAUGCCACAGCCACCUGGUCCUGUGUAGCUAUCAGAAGUAGCUAAUGAACCUUCUUAGCUUCACCUGACUCAGUGGGUAAAGGAUCCGCAUUACAAAUACAAGCACUGACAUGGCUUAGGAAAAUGACAGCAGGACAGAACUACUGUAUAGUACGUGGCCCUCAUCAGAUCAUGAGCAAUCAUGUUGUGGGCCACUUCUGAUUAUAUUAAACCUGUUUUCAUGCUAACACCAAGUGAUUCAUUCCUCUUUACUAAAUAAAAUACUAAUGUAUUUCUACCUGUCAGCAUUAUAAAGAAUAAAAUAUGUUUAACAGAAUGAGUCUUCCCAGGGCUUUAAGGACUGUUCUCAGAGGUAAAUGGAUCAGAGCAAGUGUGACACAUUGGCCCAUCCGCUCAUACCCUACAGCUCUGCGCCAGUUCAUCACGCUUCUCAUUACCAGUUCUCAAAACCACUUAAUCUUAUGUAAUGCCAAAAACAAAAGCAUUAAAAGCAAGGUUUUAAAGCACUUUGCUCUGAAUGGCCUUCCUGUAAUUCAGAAGAAUGAAGUAGUCACAUACAAUGGGGGAGUAAUUUCAAUCAUGAUGAUGGGACAACUGACAAUGGUCACCGUAGUUGAGACAUGGGAAAGGCAGGCCAAUGCCAGGGGCAGGGCAGAGGCAGAAGUCUAGCAGAGACUCAGCCUUACUGCAGCAGAACCGCCUGUAGCAAUGGCUCAGAGGCAGCAGAAGCUCCAGCUCAAGCUAUCGAACACAUCCUGAAGAGAAGUUACUGUCACCUGCUGCAGAAUCUCUCCUCCAAAAGUCACCAGGAGCUGCCCUGUGCAGGAAGUGCAAAAUGAGAGCAGGCAGAUUUGGGGAGCUGACCGUCUCAUGCUCACAGGUUUGCCAGUGCUCCCCUACCCUUAUUAAUUCAGUCUGAACUCUGCUGAGCCUGGAGAUGGAAAAAUGAAUUUAGAUCACUUUUCAAACAAACUCUAUUCUGAGAUCCAUUCCAAGCUACCUAGACCAAAAGAAACCUUGACAGUACUGAGAAGCCCCUUAAAAAUAAAUAUACACAGAAAACCCCAGGAGUUAUACAAGGAACAUUCGAGCGUCAAAUCACAUUUGGAGUCAAGAGGGGGGUAUGACACCUAUGAUUGUGAUUUAAGUGCUAGAAGUGAUCAUUCUAACUGCAGAGACUACUUUCUUGCCACUUAAAUAUAGUGAAGUAUAGUUCUUACAACAGGAUCGUUUUGUUCUGAAAGGCUUGCAUUUGACACUAGUGAAAGGGCCCAAGGAAUUUUAUUGAGCUGCCUCUCCUGCUUCUGAGAAAACCAGG